AUGCAACCGCCACAUCAGUAUUCGCGGAUCAGUCUUGCUGAAUUGAAAGCCCAGAUAGUGAAGAAACUUGGGCCAGAGGUAUCCCAGCAGUAUUUUUAUUACUUGAAUAAAUUAUUGAGUUUGAAGCUAACUAAGGUUGAGUUCAAUAAGCUUUGUCUUAGAAUUGUUGGGAGAGAGAACAUUUCACUGCAUAAUCAGUUCAUUCGUUCAAUCCUAAAAAAUGCUUGUAGUUCAAAAUUCCCUCCACCGUUGAUACAAGAUGAGGAAGUGUUUAAGCCUACACAAGUGGUUGGAAACAAAGAGCCUUCAAGUGAUGGGUACAAGCAAAAUGGGUCCCAUCCUGGUAUAAGUCAUGCUUCAAAUCCACCAGCCUUUUCAAAUGGGGACAUUUUACCUCUAUCACCCCGAAAGACCAGGUCAGGAAUUCGUGAUCGUAGGUAUGUUGAUCGUCGUAGUUCACUGGGACCAAAUGGCAAGACAAGUUUUGCGUCCCAACAAUUAUCAACCACACAUUCCAGUGAUUUUGAUGUUAUUUUGGAGAAUGGUUAUUCGACUCCACCAGAUCUUCAAAGGCAGGCACAGCAUCAUCAGGGACUCGCGCUGCAAGCACAGAAGGAAGGGGUUGUGUCAGGUUACCAGCCUGCUACAUUGUCAGUAAUAAAGCGAUCACCAGAUGAUCCAGUUCAUGUAAAUAGCAAAGACCAGACUGAAGUGUUAGUUAGAGAAGAGGGGAAAGAAUUAUCUGCUAGGAGUCUUCUCUGCGCUCCACUAGGGAUCCCAUUGUGUCCGUUUAGUGUAGGUGGGGCCCGCAGGGCAUUGCCUUUGGCAAGUAGUAGUAAAUGUGUUAGCUCAGUAAACAGUGGUGGUUUGUUGGACACAGUGACUCUAAGGGAACGUAUGGAACAGAUUGCUGCUACACAAGGCCUUGAAGGGGUGCCAAUGGACUGUGCCAAUUUGUUGAACAAUGGGUUGGAUGCUUUCUUGAAGGGUUUAAUUAGGUCCUGCCUUGAACUUAAAGGGGCAAGCUCAGGGCAUGAGCCUAUGAAGAACAGUACUCACAAGCAUCGGAAUCAUUUCAAGCUUGUUAAUGGUGUUAGACCGAGUCAUCAUUACCAGAUGCAGAACAUCAAUAGACCUUUGCAAGAGAUGCAAGAACACAGACCUCACUGUCCAAUCUCUUUGGUAGAUUUUAGGGUUGCAAUGGAGCUGAACCCACAGCAGCUUGGCGAAGACUGGCCGUUACUGCUGGAGCAAAUAUCUGGGCUUGGGUUGAUCUCUAUGGGAUCAAAGGGGAUGCCGUCUUUUAGGCCCUUGGACAGUCUCGAUAAAGUGACUCUCCUUAAUGGUCUUUUGAACCAGUCUACAGCCCUUGAAGUGAAGCAGAUUCCCUUACUGGAUGAUGGGGACUAG